CUAGCACCAGGCCUGUAUCUUGGGCUAGUGUUCCGGCAUCAAACAUGAAGAAGCAACUCGCUCUUGCUGCGGCCAUCUUCGGCCUUCUCGCCCUCGCCAGCGUCGCUCAUUGUGAUUCCGGCUCCUCUGGGUCUGGAGGCUUGGGCAGCUCGUUUGGCGGUCGCAGCGGCAUCUCCAGUGAUAUACUCGGCGGUCGCAACGGAGGCUCUGAAAACUCCGGUUCCAGCUUCAGCGGCAACUCUGAGCGCUCCCGCAACGUUGAUCGCUGGGGCGGGUACUGGAACAGCGACAACCACUACUGGUGGAACGGUGGCUACUGGGAGGGCGGCUGCUAUGGCUGCGGGCAGUGGAUCUGCUAUGGCUGCAACUACCCCUCCUGCCCUCCCUGCCAGUGGUUCAACCACCAGAGGUGGGAGUGUGAGUACACAGAGACAUGCAACCGUGGCUCUAGCAAUGU